UCCGGACGCGCCGCGUGGAGCUGGUCGUCUUGGGGACUUGCAGCAUGGCGGUCUUUGCGGGCCCCGCCAAGACUCUCCUGUCCCUGAACCCACAGGAGGACGCCAAGUUUCAGAAGGAGGUGGCGCAGGUUCGCCGGCGCGCCACCCAGCGACAGGAGAAAAAAAAACUCACUCCUGGAGUAAUCUAUGUGGGCCACCUACCUCCAGCGCUUUACGAAACCCAGAUCCGAGCAUAUUUCUCGCAGUUUGGCACUGUUACAAGACUUAGACUGUCCAGAAGUAAAAGGACUGGAAACAGCAAAGGCUAUGCCUUCCUGGAGUUUGAGUCUGAAGAUGUUGCCAAAAUAGUUGCUGAAACAAUGAACAACUACCUUUUUGGUGAAAGACUCUUGAAGUGUCAUAUUAUACCGCCUGAAAAAGUACAUGCAGAACUUUUUAGAGAGUGGCAUGCUCCAUUUAAAAAUCCGUCAUAUCCAGCAGUGAAACGAUAUAAUCAGAAUCGGACACUUCUUCAAAAGCUACGGAUGGAGGAGCGAUUUAAAAAGAAAGAAAAAUUACUCAGGAAGAGAUUAGCUAAAAAAGGAAUUGAUUAUAAUUUUCCUUCAUUGAUUUUACAUAAAAAAGAAAAAAAUGCUCCAAACAGUGAUCUUCGGAAAUCUGCAAAGAGACAGAAGAAGAAAAAAGAGGUUGUGAUUACUCCUAACACUCCUGAGAAGACAGUGGAUAGCCAGGGCCCCACUCCAGUUUGUACACCAACGUUUUUGGAGAAACGAAAAUCUGAAGUGGCUGCAAUGAAGGAUAAUGAUAAAGAUGAUGAAAUAGUUUUCAAACAGCCCAUAUCCGGUGUAAAAGAAGAAACACAAGAGACUAAAACACCUGCCCGUUCAAGGAGAAAAAGACGAAGAAAAAGCAAUCAGUGAUUCUGAAUGUAUUGUGUACAGUAUUUCUUCUGAAAAAUGUGACUGUGUUGUGAGGGCUGAUUCCUCAUAUUUAACUAGACAAGAAUGGAAUGCAUUGACAAGAUUUUCAGAGGAAAAACUGUCAGUUCAAGUCAGUAAGGAAAGCAGUCAUUUAGGCUCGCCUGCCCUUGCUGAAAUACAGGGAGUCAUACCAGCUUGUGUAGCCAGGGUCCCACUGCCUCCUUGUCCUGGUCUCCUCUAGUUUUCUUUGCAGACUUUAUAGCUGUCUGUAGUUACUCUGCCUGGAUAGAAGGGUCACCGUUAGCUAUAGGUUUAUGUACUAAACUGUGGCCUUUUUUGUUACCAUCAAAUAAAUAAAAUCUUGCUUGACUGUCUAAAUGGUUCUUUUUAGACAGAGCACAUUUAACCUAUAAAGGUACUUUAGGCUUUAACGUUAGAUGGUUGAAACUGGGAGUUCAAUUAUAUGGAGAGUGAGAAGGCAGUUGAAGUAUUAAUACAGAUUCAUUUAUGUGUAUGUGAUCAUUUUUACUAACAUUAAACUAGUUUUUGGUGGGCUAGGAUGGAUUAGUAGCUAGCAUUUUGUAUCAAUAUCAUCUGAUGUGGAGUUACAUUUCAAGAUUCAAACAGUUACCAGCAGAUAAACUUUUUUUAUACUUUGUAUGUAAGUGGGACUAGGGUGUCUUGAAGUAAAAUAGAUUUUCACCUUCUCAGCUGUUUUUAAGUUUCUGAUGCCCUUGAAAUGUAUUUAUAUUCACCAACCCAGAUUCAUUAGAAACACCCAUUGUCACCAGACAAUUUUCAUCUAAUAUUUAAAUCUUUAGUAUGAUAAGAUACUGAGCUAUGUGUUCCCAUACAAAAUGCAAAACAGUUGGUUUUAAGUAUAUGCAAAGAGGAGAUUUUUACCUCUAGUACCUGACACAUGGAAUAUGUUCAAUACGUAUUUGUUGAAUAAACUGCCUCCCUUUUUUUUGUUGUUGUUGCUGACA